GCUCCUAUCCAACGUUCUUCCCAGCCUCCCCCCUCCCGCAUGCGCAAUGAGGGACUCUCCGCGCCGCCGCCUCAGCUCAGCGUUAUGCUGCGGCUGUUUUGGGGGCUUCUACGGACUUUCCGGGUUUUGGCGAUGUCGAUGCUGUUGCUGCUGCUGCCUCAGGAACUGGUGGGGGACCAAAAAAGGUGUAAAAUUGAGAAGUUACCAGUGUUUUCCUUUUCUGAGAUCAUCUAUGAAAUACCUGGUUAUGCUGAAUAUGGAUGCAAAGAAGGUUUUACCAGAUUCCCUUCAAAACCAAAUACGAUUCAUUGCAUUGAUGGAAACUGGACACCAUUGGAAGACCCCUGUGGUGAAGUCUGCCCCUUUCCACCAAAGCAUACUAGCGCUAAACUAAAAGAUGAGUUUGGAACAUCAGUAUUGUUUCCUGUUGGGAUGGUAGUACACUAUGUAUGUAAGGCAGGAUUUGAACAAGUUCCUGGCAUCUUGAAUACUAUUACCUGUGGUAAAAAUCUGAAGUGGUCAUCACUUGCAAACUUCUGUAAAGCAAAAGUAUGUGAGAGUCCAGCACCAAUAAAAGAUGGAAGUAUUUUCUCAUUUAAUCCAGCAUACAUCUCUGGAGCAGGAAUUAUAUAUAUGUGUGUUCAAGGAUACACAAUGAUUGGGAAACGUUGGAACAAAUGUGAGGAAUAUGGAAGUGAUGUUCGCUGGAGUAAUCCACCUCCACGUUGUGUGCGAGCUGUAUGUAUAAACCCUCCAGACAUUCCUGGUGGAUCCCACAACGGAACGGCACCUCCUUAUACUUAUGGAAUAGUGAUCAAAUACAGCUGCAAGGAGACUCUCUCACUCAUUGGAGAACCUAUUAUAUACUGUGAUGUUGAUAAGACUAAUAGACCACUCUGGAGCAGUAAACCCCCAAGAUGCCAAGUGAUUAUAUGUGCAGAUCCAGUAGUUCAAGAUGGAGUAAAGAAGAUAAGUGAGUUUAAAGAUUACUAUAUCUUUGGCAACAAUAUUACAUUUCAAUGUGAAAUUGGAUACUUCAUGAUCGGAAGUUAUUUCAUUCGAUGUGAGGCGAACAAUACUUGGAUCCCUAAAGCACCAUCCUGCAAAAAGAUUUCUCAAGAUAUUUGUGGUGCUCCAUUAGUUCUAAAAGGAAGUGUAUAUCCACGACAACCUCAUUAUGAACUAGGAAGUAUCAUUUCUGUGCAGUGUGAUAAAAAGUAUUCUUUUCCUGAUGAAACCAUGGAGAUGAAAGCACAGUGCAAAGGCUACAAUCAGUGGGAUCCCCCUAUACAACUUUGUUUCUUUAGAUUAUCCCCAGACAUUGCUAAACUCCAUAUCCCUAAAGGAAUAAUAAGACAUGGGGAAAAAGAAUACUACUACCCUGGAGAUGAAGUUAUUAUUCAGUGUUAUGCUGGCUAUGUUUUGAAAGGAUCAUCUAAAAUUAAAUACAUUGGUGGACAAAAAUGGUUGCCUAAAAUUCCACAUUGUUAUCUGAGUAUUUUCCUGAGAGUAGUUAUAGCUGGAUGCCUAUUACCUGUAUUGAUUGUUGGAACCAAAAUGGUUUAUCAGAAUUUUUACUUAAAAAGGUAA